GAAUUAGAUAUAUUUACUUUAUGUUAAAAGACGCGUAGGGACUGUGGGACAUGCAUACCUUUACUGGUGAUCAGAAAUUGAGUUAAAUAGCCGAAGAUGCAUCCAGUUAAUUGGAGUAAUGAAAUACACUUGGCGCACCUUUCACCUGAUGAGGAAGGGGAUUCCAAUCAUUCAGAAAGCGGGGAUAGCCCAAGGGAGAUUUCUCUGAAUACCAAACGGGGGAGACCAAGAUCUGAUGCUAUCUCAACUCUUAUUUCGGAAGGAUCUUCGUCCGUCAGCGAUAUUAGAUGUAAAAUUUGCAGUCGAGUAUUUCCAAGAGAAAAAUCACUCCAGGCGCAUCUUAGAACACACACAGGUGAAAGACCAUAUAAAUGCAAUUUUUCUGGAUGUGGAAAAGCGUUUUGUCAGAGUGGUCAACUGAAAACACAUCAACGUCUUCACACAGGAGAAAAACCAUUUAAAUGUACAAUAGAAGGAUGCACAAGUCGUUUUACUCAUGCUAACCGUCACUGUCCUGACCACCCAUAUGCUUCACUACAACGACAAAAGUCCUCAUCAUCACCCCCAUCGUCACCCACUGAAGCUGAAAGUACGAGUCCAGUUAAACGGUGGCUUGCAAGGCAUGAAGCAAUGCAAGGUGAAAAGACACCAUUAAAAAUCAACAAUUCAGUUUCGAGAAAAAGACUGUUCGAAGAUGGUUUGAGUGUUGAAGAUACGGACAAAAAACGUGUUAAAGUGGCUAACAAACAACAGCAACCAGCAAAUCAUACAGAACAAAAUGACAAAAUGAUUUCUGCCCUUGCACUCAUCGAACUUGCAGAAGGGGGAUUUCAAGCAUCUGCCUAAAUAUUUUUACUGCCAUAAAACCAUUCAGAGAUCUUUUUUUAUAGUGCUAAAUUUAAAAAUGGAUGUGUAAAAGCUUUGAGGUUGACCAUAGUAAUUGUUAAGAAUGUGUUUCAUAUCUUAAUUAUGCUCUUUCAACAUUAAGAACAAAUGAAAUUAUCAAACAAGGAAGAAUUCAACGAAAAUAGUUUUACUCAAAAGUUUUACAAUUUCAGUGUUCUGUAGUUUGAAUAGAAAGCUGUUGUAAUGAAACUUGAAUUACAGAUUUACAUCGAAAGAAAUUAGCCAUUUGUUAAAAAAGAAACCUCUAAAAUGCUUGCCAUCAUAAUUAAUAUGUCAAAAAAGUCUUGUUUUUGCUCACUGAAUGGUUAAUAUUUGUAUUUGUUUUUAUUUUUCAAGUUUAUAUUAAGCUUAUAUUUCCCUAAUUUAGAGGUAUAUAUUCUACUGCUGAUGUGUUCAAUUCAAACUAAUAUUAUUAUAUGUAUUUAUGUAUACAAGCUGCCGUCCAUCCAGCAUAUUCCAUACUUAGUAAUUAUUUAUUAAUUUUUUAAAAACAUAAUAUUUAUAAUUCAUAACUAAUUAUUGUUUUGUAUGGUUGUAUACAAAUCAUUGUUAUUUCAUCAUCAUGGGUAUAAUUCCAAUUUGAAUAUUUGAUAAAAAUGCGAAAAAGUGUUACUGACAUAAAUUUCGUCUAUGUGUUCACAGAAUAUUUUAUUACUGCUCUAAAAUAUGGUGCAAUUGAUGUUUUAUUUUUCGUGUGUAAGUUUCAUAAUAUUAAUAAAAUGUAUUUCAAUACAUACUUUUA